AUGUUUGAAUUUUGUACCCUUGAAGUCAGGAGAAACCUCCUGGCCUUGAAUACAGAAGAGAAGAACCACUUUGUCCAGGCCUUGGAUAUGGCAAAGCGCACAAUUCACCCUCAGUUUGUCAUUGCAACCAGGAGAUCAGAAGAAAUAUUUGGGCCAGAUGGCAACACACCACAGUUUGAGAACAUUUCCAUUUAUAACUACUUUGUUUGGACACACUAUUACUCAGUCAAAAAGACUUUCCUUGGGCCAGGACAGGGCUUUGGUGAGGUGGAUUUCUCUCAUGAAGGACCAGCUUUUCUCACAUGGCACAGAUACCACCUACUGCAGUUGGAGAGAGACAUGCAGGAAAUGUUGCAGGAUCCUUCAUUCUCCCUCCCCUACUGGAAUUUUGCAACUGGGAAUGUCUGUGACAUUUGCACUGAUGACCUGAUGGGAUCAAGAAGCAACUUUGAUUCCACUCUUAUAAGCCUGAACUCUGUCUUUUCUCAAUGGCGAGUGGUCUGCGUCUUGGAGGAUUAUGAUACCCUGGGAACCCUUUGCAAUAGUACUGAGGGUGGGCCAAUUGGGAGAAAUCCAGCUGGAAAUGUGGCUAGACCAAUGGUGCAACGUCUUCCUGAACCACAGGAUGUCGCUCAGUGCUUGGAAGUUGGUUUAUUUGACACACCUCCUUUUUACUCCAAUUCUACUAACAGUUUCCGAAACACAGUGGAAGGUUACAGUGAUCCCACAGGAAAGUAUGACCCUGCUAUUCGAAGCCUUCACAAUUUGGCUCAUCUAUUUCUGAAUGGAACAGGGGGACAAACCCAUUUAUCCCCAAAUGAUCCUAUUUUUGUUCUCCUACAUACUUUCACUGAUGCAGUUUUUGAUGAAUGGCUGAGGAGAUAUAAGGCUGAUGUAUCCACAUUUCCAUUGGAAAAUGCCCCUAUUGGGCAUAAUAGACAAUACAAUAUGGUACCAUUCUGGCCUCCAGUUACCAAUGUAGAAAUGUUUGUUACUGCUCCAGACAAUCUGGGAUAUACUUACGAAGUUCAAUGGCCAAGUCGGAAUCUUAGUAUUCCUGAGAUUGUUACCAUAGCGGUAGUUGCUGCUUUAGUACUGGUUGCAGUCAUUUUUGCGGGUGCUUCUUGCCUGAUUCGUGCCAGAAGCAACAUGGAUGAAGCGAAUCAACCUCUUCUCACUGAUCAGUAUCAACACUAUGCUGACGACUAUGAAAAAAUGCAGAAUCCUAAUCAAUCUAUGGUCUAAUAACAAAUGACCAAUUCUCUUAUGCAUUAGUAUCAUAAAACCACCUGGUUGAAAAAUAAUAGAUUAAAUUUCUUACUGUAUUUUCUUUCCUUCCAUUACUUUCUUCCUGAUGCAUGCACAUAUUAGAAUUAAAACUCUAAAUAUUAUUUUCUAUAGCUAGGGAGAGUCACAAUUGUUAAUUGGUUCUAUUUUUCAACUCUAUUUAAAAUGGUAGGUUGUACAUUAAUUAGAAUUUAAAUAAAAACUUGAAACAUUAAAAAAUAAAAUAAAAUGGUAGGUUGUAGGCACACAUCCUAACCCUGAUCUGUAACUCUGACCCUAAAUCCUAACCCUCUGGAGAGGUCCCUGAACUGCAAAAUACCGGGCACAUGCCCUAACUCCAACCCUGAAUCUAAGAAAGUAGCUUCCUGAACACAUGGUAAGAAAAGCUGAGAAGCAGCUUAGUUAUCUUAGAGAAGACCCCAAAUAUUUAAAAAUUGGCAGUUUUUCUGAAAAUGGUCAUGAAGGUAGAGAUUUUUUUUAAAAAAUGGUAGUUUGCACUAACUCCAUGGUAUUUAAGCAGAGAGUGUGAAGAUUUUUGGCAUGUUUUAAAGGUCAACUAUAUGACAAUGUAAAUAAACUGUUGUGCUUUGUUUAUGUAUAAAUAAAAAAUCAUGAUAGUAAAUCUCUGAUUGAAAUACAUGAGUAGGAAUUUCUACAAUGUUAAAAUGUGAAUAUAUUUCUGUUCAUUGACACUGAACAACAGAUACAUAGGAAGCCACAUUUAUUAGUUAAAAUCAAUGAUGUGUCGCUAUAAAUGGGAUCCCAAUUGACUUUUUCAAACUAGAAUUUCCCUUUGAGCAUCAGCAUAUGUUUCAGUCUAAGGUUCAAAGUCGUGACAAAAUCAUGAUCUUUAUCACAUUUUGGAGUGGUGAAAACUUCACUUUGUCUAAAAGACAGUUGAUACUGCUUCUGUUAGCCACUAUGUUCUACCUCUUAAUUCACUGAAAAAGGAACUACACAUUAACUUACACAUUUCACCUCCCAGUUAGUUCCUCUUCCAAUAUCUUAGAGGUUCACAAGUAAGCCACAAUGGUGGAGAACACACAAUACGGUGCUCUACAAUUACCAUUCAAUUCAUUGUGUAUUCCAAAUAGCAUUCUCUUAUCACU